UUUGUCAUCAAAAAAGAAAAUCUUUUGUUUAUUAAAAGAAAGGAUAGAAGAGAACAAUGAUAGGACCAAGUCGUCCAUUGUUCGCCCUAUUUGGCUCUUCAAUAGUGGAAUUAAGCAGUACCUAUAAUGGUUGGGGUGCAACCCUAACAUUUUUGUACGCUCGCAAGGCGGAUAUAUUCUUGCGUGGAUAUGGUGGUUGGAACUCAAGAAAGGCUCUUGAAAUUUACGAGAAAGUUUUUCCAAAGGAUGCAGAAAUUCAUCCAUCUCUUGUCAUAAUUUAUUUUGGUGGGAACGAUUCAGCAGAUCCUAAUUUUCCUUAUAGCAGUUAUGUCCCUCUAGAUGAAUAUGUUGAAAAUAUGAGGAAGAUUGUGCUUCAUAUCAAGGACCUUUCAGAAAAAACUCGCCUAAUUAUGUUAAGUGCUCCGGCAGUAAAUGAAGAGCAAAUUGUUAAAACCUAUGGGGUUAAUCUGGGUAGAACAAAUGAAAGAAGUAAAAUAUACGCAGAAGCUGGUAUUAAAUUAGGCGAAGAACUGGGCGUGCCGACUAUCGAUUUCUUCGAAGCCCUGUACGGACAACCUGAUGUCUUUUGGGAUGGAAUGCAUUUAACAGCAAAAGGAAGUGAUAUUUUAUUCAAGAAAAUCGCAAAAAUAAUCAAAGAGGCAGAGUGGGAGCCAAGUCUAGAUUGGGACAAAAUGCCUACUGAGUUUGUUGAUAUUGGUACUGAUGCACAUCUUGAGAAUCUGAUUAAGGGAACUGAAGAUAAUAUUAUUGGGAUUACUAAACCUAAAUCCCAAGAGAUUAACUUGGCUACAAAAUAAAUUUAGAAUAUCCAAAAAUAAUAAGACUAAGUACUAGUCAAUUUCCCAUUUUCCUGUGUAGUGUGUCCUAAUAAACUCCAUUAAAAAUAUGCAGUAAAAAUAAUAAGACUAAGUACUAGUAGCAGUUAAUUUCCCAUUUCUUGUUUGGUGUCUCCUCAUAAACUCUUUUGUAAAAGAGUACUGAUAAAUGUUCCUAGGAAGGCUUUGCCUUUUUUGAUAAAUUAUGAUUUGCUUUAUUGUAUCAUGAAAAGUCAUAAAUAUUUUAAUGGAAUAAUGGUUUGUCUAAUGUUUGUCGAAAA